AUGGGCCUGCUUGCUUCGUCCAAGUUUGAUUCCUUGGCAUUGCUCGUGGCGAUUCUCGUCGCAUCCUCAGCGGCGCUCAGUAGCGGCAAUGUAGACAGUCAAUGUUCUUGGAAUCCUUCUGGUCCUCUCAGCCUCCUUGAGCAAUGCCGCAAGGCAUACAAUUCCAAAACGGCAUCUGGUUCCUCUAACUGGAGUCCUUGGACACAACAGCCUGUGUGCGUCAGCCCAAAGACAGAGAAGGGUCCCGACUAUUGCGCGUUUGUCAAGGAAGACUUCCGCGGGAAGACGGGCGUCCUCAUUAUCACUAGCCCGGAGAUCGCGGCCGGCGACUACAGCAUUGUUGGAGACUUUGAUCCUCGAUGGAUCGACUUCAAUCGACAGCCCGUCCGGCUCGAUGCGCUGCCAUUCGAGGUUAAAGAGAUGCCGGGAAAGGGCUUAGGCGCCGUUGCAAACACAACGAUUCGGGCAGGGGACGUCAUUCUGAGGGAAUAUCCGGUGCUUCUACAGCUGGCCGAGAUUUCUGCGCCGAUUGAUCGGAUGAAGGCUCUGUGGGUUCUAGAGGAAGGCUUCAUUCGACUGCCGAUACAAGAUCAGCAGAGAGUUUUUGAUCUGUCCAGAAGCACCGGCGGACAUGUGCUUGAAGAUAUCAUCCGAACCAACACUUUCGGCGCGACCUUCAAUGACGUCGGGCAUUUUGGACUUUUCCCGAGAGUUGCGGUAAUUAGGUCAUCAUCUAUUGCAGUAACCCUCGAGCCCUCGCCUCAGCUCUGGCCCUCCAACCCGGCUAACACAGAAACAGACUCGAUGCUGAACAUGCUCUACGAAGAUCGAAAACAGAGCCUCCAGGAAUGGGGCUUCAACUGUACAUGUACCCUCUGCAGUUCUCCCGCCGACAUUGCCGUCUCGGACGCCUACCGCACGCGUCUGCAGGAGAUCCUCGCCGAGCUGACGGACCCGGCUUUCAGCACGCCAUCUCUCGUGGCGGAGCUGACCAAUGAGCUGGAUGACGUUAUGGAACAGGAGGGUCUCACGGCGCAAGCAGGCGAGUUCUACGGCAUGAUCGCGCGGGUGUACGUGCACAUGGGUGAGGCCGAGACGGGCAGAAGGUACGCGAGGAUGGCGGUGGAGAAAUUGGUACAGUUUGCGGGGUACGAUGAUGACAGGACAGUAAAGGCAAGGGGUCUUUUGGAGGAGUUGGGGAAAGUUGGAGGCGGCGGUGCGUGA